AUGAUUAUCUUCAAGGACAUCAUCACCGGAGACGAGAUCAUCUCGGACUCCUACGACCUCAAGGAGAUCGAUGGCACUGUCUACGAGGCUGACUGCGCCAUGAUCACUGAGGGCGCUGUCAACGUCGACACCGGUGCCAACGCUUCCGCCGAGGAGGCUGAUGAGGGUGUUGAGGACGCCGAGGUCAAGGUCAACAACAUCGUCCACUCUUUCCGUCUCCAGUCCACCUCUUUCGACAAGAAGAGCUACCUUACCUACCUUAAGGGCUACAUGAAGGCUGUUAAGACUGCUCUUCAGGAGAAGGGUGACGAGGCCAAGGUCAAGGAGUUCGAGUCCGGCGCCCAGAAGUACGUCAAGGAGAAGCUCCUGCCCAACUUCAAGGACUUCGAGUUCUACACCGGCGAGUCCAUGAACCCCGACGGAAUGGUCGUUCUCCUCAACUACCGUGAGGAUGGUGUCACCCCCUACAUCAUCGUCUGGAAGCACGGUCUCUCUGAGAUGAAGGUUUAA